AGAGUAAAAUCUCAUUUUACCUCAGUUCAAGGCCACAGCCAGUGCUUUGUGACAGAGGCUCACAGGGUCCCUUAGUGGCACACAGUUCUCAAGCUGUGCAUCCUGUGCCUGUGCUCCACUUGAUUUACAGAUGGCUGAGCAUCGGAUUGGGAUUCUAGUGAGCUUAUUUCUCCUUGAGGUUCUUCUCUUGGAUGCUGCAAAAAUCCUGACUUUAUCUACAGUUGGUGGAAGCCACUAUGUGGUGAUAAACCAUGUGUCACAAAUUCUUCAAGACCAUGGACAUAAUGUGACUAAUCUGCUUAACGAAAAGCUUAUUAUCCCAGAAUUUAAAGUGGAGAAAACAUCAUACCAGGUUAUCAACUGGCAUCUAUCUGAAGAUAAGCAAAAAGAAAUUGGUAAUAGAAGACAACUCCUUGUAGAAGAAUUAGUUCAUUACAGGUCUAACCAUCACACCAAUAUAAAGAUCUUUGGAUAUUUUGUGGACUUAUGCAGUCACUUAUUAAGCAGAAAGGACAUCAUGGACUCCUUAAGAAAGAAGAAAUUUGACUUACUCUUUUUAGAUGCAACAGAUCCUUGUGUUUUCUUGAUCGCUGAGAAACUUGGGAAACAAUUUGUGGCUUUUCUUCCCGUGGUAUUUAGCAUUAUAGACUAUGGGGUACCACACCCUUUGUCUUUUGUCCCAGGAUUUGGUUCCAGUUUAACUCACCAACUGUACUUCUGGGCCAGAGUGAAGAACUUCCUGAUGUUCCUUGAUUCAUCCAUGAAGCAAAGAGAAAUACUUUCUCAAUAUGACGGCAUCAUCCAGGAGCAUUUUGCAGAAGGCUCUCAGCCAGUUUUGUCUGAACUCCCAUGGAAAGCAGAGCUGUGGUUUGUCAGCUCUGACUUUGCCUUGGAUUUUGCUCAUCCCAUGUUUCCCAACAUCAUCUAUGUGGGAGGCUUAACGGACAAACCUGUUAAACCAAUACCUCCAGAUUUGGAAGAUUUUAUCAUUAAGUUUGGAAAUUCAGGUUUUGUUCUUGUGGCACUGGGCUCCACAGCAUUCCUGUAUCAGACCAAAGAACUUAUUAAGGAGAUGAACAGUGCCUUUGCUCGCCUCCCUCAAGGAGUGCUGUGGACAUGUAAGGACACUCAUUGGCCUAAAGAUGUCAGAAUGGCUCCAAAUGUCAAAAUCAUGGAUUGGCUUCCGCAGACUGAGCUCCUGGCUUAUCCUAAAAUUCGUCUUUUUGUCACUCACGGGGGAAUGAAUAGCAUAAUGGAGGCCAUCCAGCAUGGAGUACCCAUGGUGGGGAUUCCCUUUUUUGGAGACCAGGCUAAAAACUUGGUUGUAGUAGAAGCAAAGAAAGUUGGUGUUUCUGUUCAUCUAGAGACACUCAAGGCAGAGACAUUUGCACGUACACUAAAAGAAGUCAUAGAAGACAAGAGGUUCAAGUCUGCAGCCAUGGCUGCCAGGGCCAUCAGGCGCUCUCACCCCCUGACACCUUCCCAGCGUCUGGUGGGCUGGAUUGACCACAUCCUACAAACAGGGGGAGGAGCACAUCUCAAGCCCCAUGGCUUUCAACAGCCAUGGCAUGUGCAGAACCUGCUGGAUGUCCUAGUGUUCCUGUUGGGGCUCACUCUGGGCACCUUGUGGCUGUUGAAGAAAAUGCUGGACUUGUGGCUCAGGUUCCAGGGUGUGGUCAGGAAGGAAAAGAAGUCCUAAUGUUAGGGUUGACCUGGGGGAGGAUGUUCAGAACUCUGGCUUUUUACAGGCCUGCCCCUUGCCUAAGACAAGGAACUCCCAGGGUUCUCCUCUUUCCCUCUUCCUGCU